AUGUUUACGGAUUGAAACACAUUUUGCAGCUUUCUUAUUUUUCAGCCCCAAUAAUGUAUUUAGGUAUUGCAAAAUUUGUGUGAGAACUGGUCGUUCUACCACCGCUGUAUGUGACGCCAUGGCUGGGCGGGGCUUGUUUUCAAACCCAGACGCAGGCACAUACCAAUGAAGAUGGCGGCGGUGGGGUCCGCCAAAUCCGCUGGACUGGGGCAAAGAGGUAAAACCAGGCCUGGCACUCUCGCUGCUCCACUGAGUUUGGAGGAGGCCCGGUGUCCGGUGUGCUCCGAGAUUCUGCUGGAGCCGGUAACGAUGCCAUGCGGACAUUCGGUGUGCCUGCAUUGUUUCCAGCGGACGGUGAAGUUAAUCAGUCUGUGCUGUCCUCUGUGCCGGCUGCGAGUGUCCAGCUGGGCCCGUAAACAGUCCCGGGAGAAGAGCCUGAUCAACACCGAGCUCUGGGAGCUGGUCCGGCUCAGUCACCCGGAGAGAUGCAGGCGCAGGCUGGAGCAGAGAGACCGAGAGACCGCGGACGGAGAAAUUUUCCGUGCACCUGUACCAAUUCAUAAGUCUGGAGAAAUGCGUCAAGAGUACGAGAAACAAAAGAUGAAGGGUGGAGGCAGUGAAGAAACUGAAGAGCGAAAGAAAAAAAUCCACAGAAAAGAAGAGUGUGGGAUGCUGAAGCACUGUCAAUAUCCUUUCUCUGGAGUGUCAGACUCUGAGAAUGAAGAGCCGGUGGGAAAGAGGACCCGACAUGUUUCAGCAUUUGUGCGAAAAACAAGAUGCUCCCCUGCUUUCAAUAGAAGUAGUCUUAAUAGCAGUGCUGUCCAGAGAAGCAGGAGCUGUACAGAUUCUGAGGAUGGAAAAGGAACAAAUAGAGUUCACGCACAUCAUGCCGUUCCCGACAAGGCUAGCAUCGCACAUAGUUACAAUGCUGGAAUCCUUCUGUCCUCGGAGAACAGUCGCUCUUUCUCAGCACCAGUACUGACCUUAGAUAAGAGACACCACUGGCGGGGCAUCCACACCUCAUCCGCUUCGCUCACGCUUCAUACCAAACCAGAGAGGUCUAUUAGCCCCGAGAGCAAUGACAGCAUAUCAGAAGAACUCAACCAUUUCAAGCCUAUUGUCUGCUCACCGUGCACUCCACCCAAAAGGAUGCCCGAUGGGAGACUUUUGGAACCAACGAUUGUGAAGUCAACCCCUAGGAAUUUGACACACACUCUUCAGAAGUCCACAAGCUAUGAGGCCAGCCCAACCAUCUUGCAGAAGUGGAAGCAGAUUGAAGUUGAUCGUCAGUUCAUCAAGGUGAACUCAAAAGGUACAGUCACAAGUCCGAUCGCAGAAGAUCUUAGCCUUAAACUGAGCCCGGUUGAAGAAUGGGAUGUAGCCAAGGACGGUGUAGCCAAGGACAGCUUGCAAGAUCAUCAGUGCAUUUCUGUAUCAAGUGCCAAGGAUCAGAAGGAUAAACCUAUAGUCUGUAAUAAACGACGGCUUGUAUUUGAUCAGGUUAACAAAGAGGAAGGUACACAGCCAGUUAGCGCUCACAUCAGGUCGAUAACUCAAUCCGUUGCAGAUACUUCAUCCACAAAAGGGCGAAGCAAAUGUGAAGCACUCUGUAAACCCACAGAAAUUUUGGAACCGAUGCUUGAUAAACACGUUGGACACUGUAAUCAGGGUACUGUAGACCCAGAGAACUUCAUAAAUGAGCCUACCACAAGGAGCUGUGUUCUUAACAGACCUACCUCAAGAAGGAGCAAAAAGAGAAGCCACAAAACCAAACAUUUGGAAGAGACCCUACAGACAAAAAUAUCCCGGACAGAUGUCUGUGACAGGCUUGAUGACCUGAUUGUCCAGCAAAUAAAUCAGGAAAAGGAGGACAGAGAACUGGCACUAAAGCUACAAAGAAAGUUUGACAGAGAAGGCAAAAAAGUAGACAGGCACAAAACAAGUUGUAACAAAUACGAGCUACGGUCCUGGGCUACAAAAGAUGGGACGGUAGGACACAGUACACGCAGAUCAGGAAGAAUCUCCAAAUGAAAUGAGCACUUUAGCUACAGCUGUUAAAGCAA